AACAAAGCCAUCAUUCAAUUAAAAAACAAAGCGCCUCUCCGGCUUCUCCUCCUCCCUUCUCCACCCUCCCCACCUCCAUAUCUUCCCCCCUCCCCCAAUUCUUUAAUCUCUCUUGCGGAACUGGAAAGAUGGCGAUGUGGGGCUCCGAAACCGCCACCUUUUUUUUUUUUUCCUCUCCCACCAUCCCUCUUGUUGGGAGAGAGAAGGGCGAAGGAUCUGGGAGGCGGAGGAAGAAGGGCAGGUAGGGAGGGGAGGAGAUGGCGACGAAGGAGACGGAGUAUUACGACGUGCUCGGUGUCAGCCCCUACGCCACCGAGGAGGAGAUCCGCAAAGCCUAUUAUCUCAAGGCGAGGCAAGUCCAUCCUGAUAAAAAUCCAAAUGAUCCGCAGGCAGCUGAGAGAUUUCAGGAACUUGGAGAGGCUUAUCAGGUACUAAGCGACCCAGUGCAAAGAAGGGCUUAUGAUGGAUUUGGUAAAAAUAGCAUAUCUAGGGAAAACAUGUUAGACGCCACUGCUGUCUUUACUCUACUUUUUGGAAGCGAACUAUUUGAGGAUUAUAUAGGACACCUUGCUGUGGCAUCAAUGGCUUCCACUGAAUUAACUAGCGAAAAUGACAAUCCUUUGAAACUUCAAGAUAGAUUGAAGGCUAUACAGAGAGAAAGGGAAGAAAAACUUGCCAAGUUUUUGAGAGAUUUCCUUAACCUGUAUGUUCACGGCAACAAAGAGGGAUUCUUUCAUCAUGCAGAAGCUGAAGCAAAGCGACUUUCUAACACAGCUUUUGGAGUAGAUAUUCUACACACCAUUGGCUAUGUCUAUGCAAGACAGGCUGCAAAAGAGCUGGGCAAGAAGGUCAUGUAUUUAGGGGUGCCAUUUUUGACUGAAUGGGUGCGAAACAAAGGCCAUUUUUGGAAGUCACAAAUUACAGCAGCAAAAGGUGCUUUACAAUUGUUGCAGCUGCAAGAAGACAUCUGCCGCCAAAUCAACAAAGAUGGCAGUGGUGCUGAGAAAGAUAUUGAGUUACACAUCCGGAUGAACAAGGACUUGAUGAUGAACUCACUAUGGAAACUGAAUGUAGUAGAUAUUGAAGUAACCCUUUUACAUGUAUGCCAAAUGGUAUUGCAAGAAAGCAAUGUCAAGAAGGAGGAACUUAGGGCCCGAGCACUAGCUUUGAAAAUUCUUGGAAAAGUUUUUCAGAUUCUAUGUUCAUGUUUACAGGGAGAAAGACAUGCAUUACCUUCUGGUACAUCAAAACAGAAAAACAUUCCAGAUGACGGUGAGAGCAGUUCUGAUGCUAGUUCUGUUGAGGAUCUACCACGGACGCUUUCAUAUCGGACUCCUUUACUUACUCAGGGUAUUGGCAGGCUCUUUAGAUGCCUUUGUAAUCCAGCAUAUGAUGUAGAUGAUGAUUUUGAGCCCCAAAGCAAGUGAUGAGUAAGAAGCUAUCAGCUACCAUUUAGUAUGUACUUGCUUGCACAGGUCAAUUUCAGUCCAUUGCUAAUGGAUUUCCUUUUAUGAUUGAAGCCUUUUCUUUCCCUGCAAACAUUUGUAUCAGACUUAGAGAGGCCGACGUUUCUGUAAUAUGUAUAUUUAAAGAAGGGUGUGCCUGACAAUCUCCAUUUAAGCGGUUGAUAAGAUGUCUGAAGCUAUGCUAUUCA